AAUUUUUUCGUCUCAACAUUGAACAUAAUAACAAGUUAUAAAAGUUAGUUAGUUAAGUUUACAGCAAGUUCAAUGUUGAUAAUAUAACCAUUAGUCAGUUUUUACAUUUAGAUUGCUCAGUACUCUUCUUACUAACAAUAUUAUUUAAACUUCUUGAAUAUGUUGAAUAGAGGUAAAAAAAUACACUAAAUAUUAAUAACAGGUGAUUUUAGUGCUAUUAUGGCAGUCACUGCAACCGAUGCGAUUCAUCCACGUUUCGCAAAGAAGCCAUUAUUUUACAGUAUUGGACUUAAAAUAGCUUUAGUUCAGUUAUCAGUAGGUAAAGAUAAGAGUAAAAAUGUGGCUCAAGCAGUGAAAAAAAUUCACCAGGCUAAAGCGAAGGGAGCACAGCUAGUUGCACUGCCUGAAUGUUUUAACUCUCCUUAUGGAACCAAAUAUUUCAAUGAUUAUGCAGAAGAAGUACCAUUGGGCGAGACAAGUCGUGCCUUAUCCCAAGCUGCUGCUGAAGCUGGUGUAUGUGUUGUAGGUGGAACAGUCCCAGAGAGGUGUGGAGAUAAACUUUAUAAUACUUGCACUGUGUGGGAUAUCAAUGGAAAACUAAUAGCCAAACAUAGAAAGAUGCAUUUGUUUGAUAUAGACAUUCCUAACAAAAUAACAUUCAAAGAAUCGGAAGUAUUAUCACCAGGAAAUGAGCUAACCAUAUUUGAAUGCAAUGGUGUAAAAGUCGGCUUAGGAAUAUGUUACGAUCUACGCUUUCAAGAGAUGGCACAUCUUAUGGCCAAGGAAGGUUGUGGCUUACUAAUCUACCCGGGUGCGUUCAACAUGACAACGGGGCCUAAGCACUGGGAGUUGCUCGGGAGGGCCAGAGCGACUGAUCAGCAACUCUGGGUGGCUCUGGUGAGCCCUGCACGCGAUGCAAACGCGGAAUACGUGGCUUGGGGACAUACUACCCUUAUAGACCCGUGGGGAGCAGUUGUUGCUAAACUUGAUGAGAAGGAGGAUACUCUUGUACAUACUGUUGAUUUAUCUAUGGUCGAGGAUGUAAGGAAUUCAAUUCCCAUCAGGCUUCAACGGAGGACCGAUAUCUACGACACCGUGCGUAAAUCCUAAAGUCAGCAUUGAAGUGCCAUAACUUCAACAAUAUUUUAUGAUACAAUUUAUAUUGGUAUUGCAAUAGUUAAUAGAUAUUGUUAUGUUGUUUAAAGUACUCAGUUAUAUCUCGUAAACCAAGUUUAUGAGUUUAUUAAAGGGGUGUUUUAAAUAAUGUUAGCACUUAAGGUUUUAUAAUAAGUUUGUUAAAUAUAUUUUUUUUUUUUAAAUGAUCAUAAUAUUAUUAUAUAUUUAAACAAUAAAGGCUAAUAUUGUACAAAAUUUCUCAAUUUUUGUUAUUCAGAUCUGAUUAUCGCCAGUUGUACAUGCAAAGAAAUGCCAUAUAUUUAUAUUGUUUGAUAAAUAUCUUAAUUAUAUAUUUUUAUUACAA